UGUCACGGGGUCAGCGGGGGUAAAAAACCAGCUGCAACGAAUAGACGUGAGAUGCGCAGUUGUGGGUGUUGCACUAUGUGAAAUUGUACCUGUCUUUCUACGGGGGGAAAAAAUACCAUAAAUCGUGAUUAAGGGACUGUUUUGGGAAAUUGGGCUUGCCCGUUGGGCACUCGCCGCUCAAGAUUCCACAGAGAUGUCUAUUAGGACAGUCGCCCAGCGGAUUGUCCAAAAUGGUAAAAUUAUCCUCCGCUCGCUUCGUAAUAACGAGCACUAUUCAACCUGUACGAGAGGUCAAUUCGACAAGAUACACGUUGUGCAAGUAGGUAAAUCCCUGGGUCCGCUGCCUCAGGGUGGCAGCAGCACUGUUGCAGCAUCCAGCACACACCUUGGGUACCUUGGAGCUCAAGCUCGUCGGCUGUUUGUCGAUAAUAUCUUAAAGAGAGUCACUAACAGUCUCGCAGCGGAUCUAAGGAGACGAGCCGCUCGUCGUCUGCUUUACGGCGAUUCAGCUCCUUUUUUCGCACUCGUUGGGGUAUCACUAGCCUCUGGCACCGGUAUCUUGACGAAAGACGAUGAACUCGAGGGCGUGUGCUGGGAAAUCAGGGAGGCAGUAUCGAAGCUCCAAUGGACGAAGCCCCAGAACGACCGAAACUACGAAUCAACCUCGCAGACCGAGGAGUCCCCAAGCCUGAAGAAUUUCGUCAUCGGUCCAGCGAUCGCCAAAGGGUGUUCAGCAGUGGUCUAUGCGGCGAAAUUCAAAGAAGACACCCUAGAGACCUCGCCAGACGAGCCCACGAUCGAUAGGAUAUCGACGAACCCAUCGCUCUUUCCCUACGCCCUGAAGAUGAUGUUCAAUUAUGAUGCAGAAUCUAACGCACUCACAAUUCUUCGAGCCAUGUACAGGGAGACAGUGCCAGCUCGCAGGUACCACGUCAACGACGAGGUUGCUGUCUGGGAGCAGAGGAUGGCAAAAAACAAGAGAACAUUACCGUCUCACCCCAACAUCGUCGCCAUGUACUACGUUUUUGCUGAUCGAGUUCCACUGCUCCCAGGGUCCAGAAGAAUGUACCCAGAUGCUCUUCCAGCUCGUUUGAAUCCCGAGGGCUCUGGCAGGAACAUGAGUCUCUUCUUGUUGAUGAAACGAUACGACGUGACCCUGAAGCAAUACCUGACCACCAAGAGGGAACAAAAUGAGAUGAACAUCCGGGAGUCGAUUCUACUAUUGGCUCAACUUCUGGAGGCGGUUGCCCAUAUGAAUGCCCAUGGGAUAGCCCACAGGGAUCUCAAGACAGACAAUAUCCUGCUGGACACCUCUGAAGAGGCCAACUGCCCUUCGCUCGUUAUUACUGAUUUUGGCUGCUGCCUGGCUGACAAAAAUCAUGGAUUGUACCUUCCGUAUAACUCUCACGACGUCGACAGGGGUGGCAACUCUGCACUGAUGGCACCUGAGGUCAUCACUGCUGAGCCUGGACCCUUCACCAGCAUUAAUUACACUAAGGCUGAUCUCUGGACUGUGGGAACCAUUGCUUAUGAAUUGUUUGGAGAGAAAAAUCCGUUUUACGGGGGACAAGGACAGAAGGCUGUGCUUAAUAAUUUUGAUUAUGGAGAUGAACAACUGCCUGAAAUAGGGGAAGACGUUCCUGGUGUUAUCAGGGAACUAAUUAAGGCCAUGCUCAGUAGGAAUAUUCACAAGCGCAUCAGUGUUGAGAUGGCAGCAACGAUUAUGCAAUUGUACUUGUGGGCCCCGAGUUCCUGGCUUCAUAAAUAUAGCAAUUUGCCAUUGAGCAACGAGAUAAUUCAAUGGUUGCUCUGCCUUACAACUAAAGUUCUCUGUGAGGGUCGUGACAUAAACUUAAUCUGGCCGGACGAGGCUCCAGAGACCGAGCAAAAGAAACCAAAUUUUAAGAGCUACAAGAGAAAUUUAUCCACCCGAUCCUGUGGGAGACGUACAAUGCCAGAGUAUCAACUAAUCGCCAGCUUUUUGGCCAGAGUUAGUCUCCAGAACGUGCGCGAUGGCUUCAGGUGGAUUCACAGGAAUGCAUCGAGCUCGAUUAUGUAGAAAGAGUUUACCUGCUUGAAGAAAUAACUUAGUAAAUUCAUAGUCCGUGGAAAAAUCUUCUGAACGUGGCGCGAAGAAACUGUCAAAAUUACCGACUAGAUCAUGUAGAAGAAAAAUAGGAAAAUUUGAGGGAAUUUCAUUGGCAUGGGAUUCUGGAUUAAAAGGCGAAAGGAAUGAUUUCCAAUUAUAUUUUUGAUACUCUCAGAAACACAGAAAAAUCCGGGAGACCUCGUGCUUCAAAUUAAAACUGGAUACGCACAACCAAAGGUAAAAAUGCAAAGGAAAAAAAAUCAGUGAAAACAUGGAAAAUGGAAAAGAUUAUUUUUUGUGUUUCUGAGAUAUUUGUAGGAGUAUUUUAUUAAAUUUAUUCAUUGAUAAUCCACGUCUCUUCAUUUUUGUUCAAAGAAUAUUUUACUGAUUGUUAUUUAGUUAGUUUCAUUUAUGGUAUUAGUUUUACAGGAAAGGGUUAGUUAUAAAGAAGUUUUUGAGUUUCAUGUGUAAAAGACGCGUGUACAUUUCAUUCUGCAUGGAUUCGAUGAAGGAUUGUUCGGGAGUUCACAGAGUCCAGUGUAUAUAAACAAUGUUGAAAUUGAGAAUGCCGUAUUAAAUUUAUGUAAAGAUUUCUGAAAUCAAAACUAGUGAUUCAAUACACCAUA